AUGGGGUACUGUAUAAAGGUGGGUAGAUGGUUAGAUGACUUUUCAAUGAAAAUUAUCAUUUUAUUUUUCCUUGACUCAGAAAUCUCUUUAUUCCAGGAGGGCUCUAUGGACAGCUUAUAUGAGCCAGUCCCAGAACAACAACCUCACCAAGAGGGAACUUCUGGUAGAACUGAUUCUCUUUUCUCACCCUCUGGGGAAAAUGGAAACUUACACAACAAUCUCUUCAUGGAAGUUUCUCAUUUUGAGAAUGCAAAACCAGAAAGAAAGUCAAUCCGGAGAUCUAUGUCUGAAAGCAAAGUAUUUGAGGGAAAAACUGUGAAUGACACAACUUGGCAGGAACCCAGCAAGCCUGAGAAUGAUUCCCACAUCAGAAGACUCUGUCAGCUAAAAGAUCUAAAUGAAGAUGAUUUUCUUUUGAGUAAUAAUAGACAUACUCUUCAAGGAAAAAAACUCCAAGGCAUUCCUUAUCAGGCCAUAAAAUCAGGUGAUGACCCCGUGGAAUCCGUGGGCACCUUAAAGAGACUACAGAAACUGGUUUGGACCAAGAAAGCCAGGGUGCCAAGUCUGAAUGAGAUGAAACCUACAUCAAUAAAUCUCCAACCAGACUCAGAGGAAGAGUAAGAGAAAGCUAUGGGUAAAGCUCAACAAGAAAAUAAGGGUCAACAUUGUCCACUGUUCCCAUU